AUGUCCUCUCCUAAAAAAGCAACUCAAUCAGCGGAACCAACAGUUGCAAGCACCGUGAGUUUUUUUUUAAAUGUAUUUCACAUGAAAUAACUUUUUUUUGUAGUUUGUGAAAGCACUUCAACCUGGAUCAGAAUGGCCCGAUAAAGACGAAUUACUUGACGUUGUUUAUUGGGGAAAACAAGUGAGUGUUUUUCAUUUCUUUAAAAUGCAAAUUUCAAGUUAAAAUUAUAGAUUUUAUCAUUACUUGUUGGAUUUGUAUUCGGUUUUACACCACUUGUUGGACUUUUGGCAAUUAUCUCGUAUGUAUGUAUUUCGUCUGUUGUCGCUCAACAUUAUGUGACUAAAUUUCAAAAAGUAGACGAAGAUGAUGUUGGAGGAUUCUGGGAAUUAUCGAAAGAAGGAUUUGGUGCUGCUUUUGCGACUUUUAUGGUUACAUGGAUCAGCACAUAUACUUCUUUAAAUCAAUGA